UUGAAAUUUUAAAAAAUAAAUUUUUUUAAACGAAAAAAAAGAAAUUAAAUAUCCAAAAUGGGUCGUGUUCGUACUAAAACCAUCAAAAAAGCUUCACGUGUUAUCAUUGAAAAAUACUAUACACGUUUGACGAUGGAUUUUCAUACAAACAAAAGAAUAUGUGAAGAAAUUGCUAUUAUUCCAAGCAAACGGCUUCGAAAUCAAAUUGCCGGAUUUGUUACUCAUCUAAUGAAACGUAUUCAACGUGGUCCAGUUCGUGGAAUUUCAAUCAAAUUACAAGAAGAGGAACGUGAACGUCGUGACAAUUAUGUUCCAGAGGUGUCGGCCUUGGAAAACGCAUUGAUUGAAGUUGAUGCCGAUACAUAUGUCAUGUUGGAAGAUUUGGGACUAACAUUUAAAAAAGCAACAACAUCGCCGGGUGAUUUUCGUUCCCGUAUCUAAAAAACAAUACAUCAAUUGAUUGAUUUAUAAUAAUUAUGUAAAACAUUCAGUUUUUUUUUGAUUUUUGGGGAAAAAAAAAA